AUGCCAGUUAGAGCAGUGGAAGCUCUCAUUAUGGAGGAGAGGAGUAGAGGCAUGCCGAAACUAUCUUGGGAUGAGUCGGUUAGACAGGAUAUGAUAGCGUUGCGCCUCUCUAAGUACAUGGUUCAGGAUAGGAUUCUGUGCAGACGUAUAAUGAAGGUACUAAGCGAUGCACCAGGUCCAAGUUCAAGCUUGCAAAAACGGAAGUCUCUAACUAAAAGCUCCAAAGCUCAGGUUCUUAGUUCACCUGCCAUGAGUCGAGCAAAGGAAAUUCAGAGUAGUCUUGGAAAUGAGUUUCCCAGCUGUAUAAAGGUGAUGCUUAGCUCACAAGUCACCUCUGGUUUUUGUACGGUAAUGCCUCUUUCUCUUCAACUGCUUGCAAACAAUCUUCAGGGUCUUCCGGCUCAUUUCUGCAAGUCUUUUCUAUCAAAAGAAGACGUUAUAUUUGUACUUGAAGAUGAAAGUGGAAAGAAAUCGGAGGUCAAAUAUAUUGCGCAGAGGCAUAUUCUUAGUGCAGGGUGGAAUAACUUUGCAGUUACACAUAAGUUGGAGCAAGGAGAUGUUUUGCUCUUCCAUUUGGUUGAAAAAACCAAAUUUAAGGUUUACAUACUAAAGGACGAUUAUUCAAAUGAAGCUGAUGUUGCUGUUAGCCUUUUGAAUUUGGAAGCACAUUCGGAACAUGUAACUCCAGCUACUCCGACUCAUAAAACAAAGAAAAACAAGCAUCCAGAGUCUCUCCAAAAUAAGGUUAAAAGGCCCAGAAAGUCCCCCACACUAUCAAUAUCCGAGCCCCCUAGUGGCCACCAUAUUGAACAUCUAGGAAACAGCAGCCAAGAGGUUCAAGAAUGUUCUAGACCAUCCAAACUCCGUCUCUCUUUCGAAGAAGUCAAAUGUUUUGAAGACUUCCGUAUUCUGGUCAAUGGAAACAGCAUUGACCAUGAGCUAACCGACGAUGAAAGAAUGGAUUACUACAAACUAUGUUUGUAUAAAAAUGAAUUUCUUCAUCCGGAAGCCGUGUAUGAGAAGUUUGCGGCGGGUCUGAUUGGUCAAACCUUAAUGAUUGCUAAUGAGAUUAAAACAAGCAAUCUCACAACAUCCAAGGAAGAGUUCGAAAAAUGGGAUGGGUACCUGAAAUCUUUGGAGGGUUUCGACAUGAAAGUUGACUUUUUACGCGAUAUGAUACGCACACUUGUAAGACUUGUGUUCGAAUCAAAAGGUGCACCGGACAUAAAGCAGUAUGCGGAGGCAUCAAACAAGUAUAAACUUGUUAAAGAUAAGUUAAAGAUACUUUCUGAAAAGCGCAAGGAGUUGGAGGAAAGAGCUAAGGAGAUUGAGGGGAUUUCGGGUAUGUUAAAAGCAAAGAUUGAGAAGUAUGAACAGAAGCUUAAGGAGGAGGUAGAUGUACCGUGGUAG